AUGUCUGAUAUCGUUGUCCCUGGAUUCAAGAGUUCCGAACUCAUCGCUGAUUUGAACAAGGCUUUCGAGUCUUUCUCCCCUGAAGAGAGAGCCAAGUUGAUCAAGCAAGUUAACGGUGUCUUCCAAUUCGUCAUCAAGAACAGCGAAGGAAAAGAGGAGGUCUUUACUGUCGAUGUCAAGAAGGAAGGAAAGGUUGUUCGCGGUAAGGGUAAUACCAAGGCUGAUGCUAUCUUGACCUUGAAGGACGCUGAUUUCGUCGAUUUGGCUACUGGCAAGUUGAACGGUCAAAAGGCUUACAUGAGCGGUAAACUCAAGAUCAAGGGUCAAAUCAUGCUCGCUAUGAAGCUCGACAACGUCUUCAAGGCUGUCAACCCCACCGCCAAGCUCUAA